AUGAAAAGAAAUAUGUUGAUUUUCCUUCCAGAUAUGGAAGAUUGCUUUGAAUGUUCUGAAGAUCAUUAUCCAAAUAAAGAAAAGAAUGGAUGUAAACUGAAACUGCUGGUUUUCCUAAUUUUUGAAGAAUCCUUAGGAAUUGGUUUAGCCUCAGCAGCUCUUGGUUUUUUCUUCUGGACCUCUUGGAUUCUUGGAAUUUUUAUUAAGAAUAAAGAUACUCCUAUUGUCAAAGCCAACAACAGAUCCCUCACCUACACCCUCCUUGUCUCUCUUCUGCUCUGUUUUCUCUCCUCUUUGCUCUUCCUCAGCCAGCCUGGAAAAGUGACCUGCCUUCUCCGACAAUCAAUGUUUGGCAUCACUUUCUCAGUGGCUGUUUCUAGUGUACUGGCCAAAACUACCACGGUAGUUGUUGCUUUCAUGGCCACUAAACCUGGAUCUCAGAUGAGGAAAUGGGUGGGGAAAAGGUUGGCCUUUUCUAUUGUCAUUUCCUGCUCUCUCUUCCAAGUAUGUAUUUGUAUUGUUUGGUUGUUGACAUCUCCCCCAUUCCCGGAGUUGGACAUGCAUUCACAGCCUCAAGAAAUGAUUUUACAAUGCAAUGAGGGGUCAGCUUUCUUCUUCUACUGUGUCUUGGGCUAUAUGGGUAUCUUGGCCAUCGCCAGCUUUAUUGUGGCUGUCCUUGCCCAUAAAUUACCUGAUAGCUUUAACGAAGCCAAGUUCAUC